AUGACUGGUAAAGCAAGAAAUUGGAUCUCAAGCUAUCUUGCUAACAGAUCUAAUGUAGACUGGAGUGAUUUUGUAAUGGAUGUAAGUGCUAGAUUCAAGGAUGAAAGGAGGAUGAAUGUGGUUGAGGAAUUCAAUAGAUUGCAACAGACUGACAACAUUGAAUCAUAUGUUGAUGAGUCUGAGAACCUGAAAUCAAUUAUGAUUCAGAACAGCCUUUGUCUGCCUGAGAACUACUUGCUGGAAAACUUUAUUGGGGGACUUAAACCCGGAAUAAGACCUUUUGUGAGAGCCUUUAAACCUCAGAAUGAAACCAUGGAAUAUGCCAGGUUGCAGGAUGAAACCAUCUUAGCUAACACCCUCAAAACCAUGAAAACAAACACUACAUACACUAAACCCUACCAAAACAACAAACAACCUCCCUUACUUCCUACUCCACCAACACCACCCUUAACCUUAGCCAAAACAACCCUUACACCAUACCAAAAACCUAAGUAUGUUCCUGCAGAUGUGAGAGUGGUGGAAUUGGAGGAACAGGACAUGGAAGAGCAUACUGAUCCUAGAAUUUCUUUGUGUGCAUUGUCUUGGGGGCAUAGCUUUCAUACUAUGAGAGUGAAGGCUAUGGUAGGGAAUAUACCUUUACAUACCUUGAUUGACUCAGGAAGCACACAUAAUUUUCUAGAUAUUCACAUUGCUGAAAUAUUAGGAUGUAAAACUGAAACCAUUGAAGGACAACCAGUGAUGAUGGCUGAUGGGAAUAGGCUGGUUUGCCAAUCUGUCUGCAGACAGUUUUCUUGGACCAUGGGAAAGCAUGAAUACAUGACUGAUGUCAUGUUAAUUCCCCUGGGCAGUUGUGAUAUGAGCUCAGGGGUAUCUAAUCAAGAGGCUGAAGGUGCUAACAACCGAACCCUCUCCGAAACUGCUAGAUGGAGCAGCUCAGGGUUUUUUAAGGAGCCUGAGGAAUUACCACCCAGUAGAGAAUUGUUUGACCAUAGAAUUCACUUGGAGAAAGGGGCAGGAACUGUGAACAUCAGACCCUAUAGAUAUCCUUUAAAACAAAAUGACAUCAUAGAGAAACUGGUGCAGGAAAUGCUUGACAGAGGCAUUAUACAAACAAGCACAAGUCCCUUUGCUUCACCAGUGGUGCUUGUUGGAAAGAAGGAUGUCAAUUGGAGACUUUGUGUUGAUUACAGGGAGCUGAACAAAAGAACAGUAAAGAACAAAUUUCCAAUUCCAGUAUUGGAAGAACUAAUUGAUGAGCUAUCUGGAGCAAUAAUUUUCAGCAAACUGGACUUGAGAGCAGGCUAUCAUCAACUCAAAAUUCACCUAAAUGAUGUGUUUAAAACUGCUUUUAAAACUCAUGAGGGUCAUUAUGAGUUUUUAGUCAUGCCAUUUGGCCUUACCAAUUCUCCUUCUUCAUUCCAAAGCUGGAUGAAUGCUGUGUUCAAACCCUUGUUAAGAAAAUGUGUGUUGGUGUUCUUUGAUGAUAUCUUGGUGUAUAGUAGAAGCUUGGAAGAGCACUGGAAACAUUUAGAAGAAGUAUUCACCAUAAUAGCUGGGGUUGAGACUGACCCAAGUAAGAUUGCUACUGUCAGUUCAUGGCCUGUUCCAUCUUCUGUGAAAGACUUGAGAAGCUUUCUUGGUCUAGCUGGGUAUUACAGGAAGUUCAUCAAAGGGUAUGCAAUCAUUAGCAAACCUUUAACUGAUUUUCUUAAGAAGGGUGCUUUUGAAUGGCAUUGGUGCUGUGUUAAUGCAGAAUGGACACCUUUGGCUUUCAUCAGUAGGUCUCUGGGAUCUAAGUGGCAGAAAUUAUCUGUUUAUGAAAAAGAACUCUUAGCUAUGGUGUUUGCAGUUCAAAAGUGGGAACAAUACCUAACUGGAUCCCAUUUUUUGGUCAAGACAGACCAGAAGAGCUUAAAGUGGUUAUUACAGCAAAAGAUCUCUACCCCAUUCCAACAGUUUUGGUUGUCCAAACUGAUGGGGUUUGACUAUGAGAUACAGUUCAGAGUAGGGAAGGAGAACACUGUAUUUGAUGCUCUAUCUAGAGUUACAGGGGCUGAAAUCUUGCUCUGUGCUAUUACUGUAGUAGAUUCUAACUUGGUACAAUGCAUCACAGACAGUUACCAGUUAGAUGAUAACACUAUGGUGAUUCUGACCAAACUCAGUCAAGGAGAAGUUGUCCCUGGGUUUUCCUUGAAAUGUAAAGUUUGUCAAGUCUCUAAAUAUGAUACAGCUGCAAAACCAGGAGCUUUACAACCUUUACCAAUUCCAGAACAAAUAUGGACUGAUAUUUCAAUGGAUUUCAUCACUGGACUUCCAAUGUCCAUGUCUAGAAAUGUGAUCUUUUUUAUUGUUGAUAGACUGAGUAAAUAUGCCCACUUCAUGUAUUUGAAACAUCCUUUUACUUCAGCUGAUACUUAUUUGAGGUGUGUUACCUGUGAAAGACCAGCUGAGUGGUGUAAGUACCUUCCUGUAGCUGAGUGGUGGUACAACACCCACUUUCAUACUGCUGCAGGAAUGAUACCAUAUGAGGCAGUGUACUGCCAGCCUCCACCAGUUCAUCUUCCCUACUUGCGUGGUGAAUCUAACAAUGAGGUGGUGGACAGGAGUAUGCAGAAGAGGGAAGAAGUGAUUAAACUCCUGAGAGAAAAUCUAACCAAGGCUCAACACAGAAUGAAGCUUCAGGCUGAUAAAAAGAGGUCAGAAAGGAGUUUUAUGGUGAAUGAUUGGGUUUGGCUAAAGUUGCAAAAUUACAGGCAACAGUCUGUGCAGUAUAAGGGUUGCAAUAAACUUGCUUCAAGAUACUUUGAUUCUUUUCAGGUCACUGAUGUCAUUGGUAAAGUGGUUUACAGGCUAAAACUUCCUAGUUCUGCCAGAAUUCACAAUGUAUUUCAUGUCUCACAACUUAAGGCAUUUCGUGGGGAUCUUCCAGCUGCUGCAAUUAUCCCUGAUAUAUCUGAUAACUCGAGUUCUCCUCCCUUAUUACCAUUAGCUGUGCUGGAGAAGCGCUCAUUUCAAUUAGCUGGUACCAAGCACUCAGAUUCUGGUUCAGUGGCAGGGUAA